CAUUUCAUUAGUUUGGCGACAGAACACGAGACUAUUUUACAUAUUCUCGAAAAUAAAAAAUCUUACAAUUUUGAUUUUGUAAAAGUACUGAAAAGUAGUUUAUUUAUAUUAUUAUUUACAUAUAUUUAGGUUUUUUCAAUUUUAUUUUCUUUUACCGGUGGUUGAUAAAAGAUAAAAUAGACAAAAUGAUUCGUGCAACGGGAAAACUUGCCAGCCGUGCUCUGAAAUUUAAAAUGCCAGUGGUUAAAAGGAAUUACUCGCAGAUGAUCAACCAAAUGUUGCAGAUUCAACAAAUGGAAAUAUGCGCAGAUCCUCCCUCACGUGGUCUCAUCAUUGGUGUCUAUGCGGACGAGGAGGACAAGAAUGAUGCUGGAAUUCUCACCCAGGCGGGCUGGCGAUACAAUGUCCAGAAGACACAUGGACGACUCCUCGAAGUGCUGCGUAUGUCUGGUCCCAUGCCAAAGCGAGGUGAAACGCGAAUGCUCUUCGCUAUUGAGCCGGAGCGUGUGCCCUAUUAUUCAGCUGUAGCUGUAGUGGGAUUGGGCAAGGAAUGUCUGGGCUACAAUCCUUAUGAGGUGCUCGAUGAGCAGAAAGAAGCAAUCCGUCGUUCGGUGGCUAAUGCUUGCCGUAUCUUGGCCGAGCUGGACACUGAUCGAAUCGAAGUCGAGAACUGUGGCCACGCGGAGUCUGCUGCUGAAGGUGCUGCCUUGGGUAUUUGGGUGUAUCAGGAAUUACGCGAUCCCAAGAAGCGUAUGGCUGUGCCUUCCAUUGAUUUGUAUGCAACCAAGGACGAGGUUUGCGACAUUGAAGGUUGGCGAAUCGGCUUGCAGAAAGCGGCUGCUCAGAACCUCACCAGACAACUGCAGGAGAUGCCUUCCAACUUGCUGACGCCCACAGCAUUUGCACAAAAUGUGGUCGAGGUGCUUUGCAAGUCUGGCGUCAACGUCGAAGUUAAGGUUGAAGGAUGGGCUGAGAGUCAGUCUAUGCACGCCUUCCUUGCGGUGGGCAAAGCUUCCUGUGAACCUCCCAUCUUCCUGGAGCUGAGCUAUUAUGGAACUUGUGCUGAGGAGCGACCCAUCGUGUUGGUGGGCCAAGGUGUGACCUUUGAUGCUGGUGGCUUGUGUCUUAAGGAGCGUGACGAGCUUUUCCAUAUGCGUGGCGACAUGACUGGAGCUGCAGUUGUGGUAGCCACAUGCAGAGCUGUUGCUGGACUGAGAUUACCCGUAAACAUUCGUGGUCUCAUUCCCCUUUGCGAGAACGUUGUGGGAUGCAACUCCUUCCGCCCUGGUGACAUGGUUAAGUCGAUGAAUGGAAAGACCAUCGAGGUACAAUGUACAGAUCAUGAGGAUGUGCUUGUCUUGGCCGAUGCUUUGUUGUACGGUCAGAACUUCUGUCCCAAGUGCAUCAUUGAUAUUGGUACCUGUUCGGGAUACAUGCGACAGGCCUUGGACGAAGCAGCUUGUGGCGUCUUCACCAAUUCAGAAAUUCUGUGGCAGCAGAUCAAGCAUGCUAGCAUGCAUACUGGAGAUCGUGUGUGGCGGUUCCCUCUGUGGAAUUACUAUAGCAAGGCAGUUCGCGCUGGAGGCCGUUCUGAUGUCCAGAACUACGGCAUUGGACGUGGUGGACGUCCCUGCAAGGCUGCUGCCUUCCUCCGCGAGUUUGUGCCCUGUGGACAAUGGAUGCAUAUAGAUGCAACCAACGUUAUGGUCACAGAAGGCAAGGAGUACGAGUAUUUGAGACGAGGCAUGGCUGGUCGACCGACUCGCACUUUAAUAGAAUUUAUCGCCCAGACUAUUUGCAAGGAUACUGCACCCAAGAUGGGAAAGUAAAUUAGGAACUAUACAGAAUGUUCUGUUAGGACGAUGCUACUUAUUGUGCACAAGAUUUAAUUUAAGUUGACAUGAUUUUAUGAACUAGAUAACUGAUACGUAUACGUUAAAAAUUCAUUGGUUUAUUGACGAAAAACAUUUGUAAAAUUAAAAGUUAUCAAAAGCA